GAUGUUGGCCCGCCGUAUAACUUCCUGCUGUACUCAACUUCUUCCUCUUCCUCUUCGACGCUCGUAUAUAACACUUUACCUGCCCUUCCGCACACGCGCGCUCACCAGAUCUGCCAUCAUGUCUUCCAUGGCCUCCGUCUUCACCCGGGACGCCUGUCCCCCUGCUGGCCCAUACAGUCAAGCUAUCAAGGCCGCCGGACAGGUCUUUGUCUCUGGACAGAUUCCCGCUGACGCUACGGGGAAGCUCAUCGAGGGAAGCAUUGCUGACAAGACUGACCUCUGCUGCCGCAACAUAACUGCUGUGCUGGCUGCUGCUGGCUCCUCUAUUGACAAGGUCGUCAAGGUCAAUGUCUUCCUCGUCGACAUGGCCGACUUUGCCGAGAUGAACAGUGUGUUUGAGAAGUACUUUGCUCACAAGCCUGCCCGCAGCUGCGUCGCCGUCCAUCAGCUACCCAAGGGUGUCCCAGUCGAACUUGAGUGCAUUGCUCUCCAGUAG